AUGUCCUUUCAACCCACCCACCACCCCCGCCUCAUUCCAGAAUUUCCAGAAGCAACGAUAAUACUCCCAGUCACUAACUUGCCCCGCGUGGAUGAACGUUCAGAUCUAGAUCACGCCGUCUCUUCCGCCAGUGCGGCGUCUUCUCCGUUCCACCCCAGAGACGCGCGCAUUUUACGUGACGAAUCGCAUCUGGGCCCAUCCCUACUCCUGUCCUCUCCUUCUUCUGGAGAGUCGAGCUCGUCAACCACCGGUUCUCCUUCCCGGCCGCAUUCCGCGCGGAGCAUCACCCUCGAACCCCCGCAGCUGCCAUUCCUGUCAGCCCACUCCGCCUCCCGUCGGGCCCAGGAGUCUCUCGUUUCGUCCCCGGAGACUCGCCGAGCAGAUAGCAGUGUCUACUACACCACGGCUUGGGGGUCCCCGUAUGCUGCACCGAGUACUCGGCGACUAUCAUUGACCCUCAGCCAAUUCGCCGGUGUCGACCAAGGUUCGCGAGAGACCUCGCCUGCCUCGUCCGUUGCGGCCAAUAAUCCCGAGCUCCGACGUGCAAGUGUCGCUGAAGGACUUCCGGAUCAACCGCUGGAAGGAGAGAAGUCUAUUCGGGAUUUCACCCAGGAUUGGAUCAAUCAGUAUCUGUCAGGACAACCACGAACAGAGCGAAGUAAUUGGUUGAGUGACGAUUCGGGAAGCGAGGCGCCGUCCUUUUUCACUGCGAAGAACCAUCUUGCAGACGACCUUUCUGACGAUUGGCUUGGUCUUGAGGACGAUACUCGCGAAAGCGACCUUCUGAAGACCCCGACCCUUUCGGACUUUGUUGGUCGAAGGGCUGCUGCGCGCGCCAAGGGAAAGAAGAGCCAGCAUAAGCGCGCGGAUACUUUGCGCCAGGAGGAUUUUUGGGGCUUUGCAUACGAUAAGGAAUCACCAAAGGACACAAUGGCUGAUUCUCAGGACCAACAACCACCCGCCGAGGCUGUGUCCCCGGUGGAAAAGCCGCUGCCACCUCCACCAGCGAGUAGAGCGGAUGAUAGUACGAAUACUGGGAACACAGAGGAAUUGUCACAACAGGAUGCUGUCAAGAGGCAGGCCUCUGAUAUCAACACAUCUUCCACCCCGAUUUCGCGGCGACGAAAGAAACUCGCGUGGCGCGGGAAAGCGUGUAUUAUCGACCUGCCGAAUGAUGAUCAGCGUGGUACCGAGCAGUCUGGCCAUCGCCUCUUGACCCGUGAAGACGUGGAGGCACGCUUGAAACAGUGGGAGGAGGAAGGAUGGGAUGUACGUGGGUUUUCAAUUGGUGACGAAAUUGAUCCUUCUACAACAACCGAGCUCGGAGGCCUGAGCCGUCCUUUGUAUCCCGAUCCAUAUGAGGUUUACGAAGAGACAAAGGGGCAGAAGCCAUUCAUUCAAUUCCCCGACAAGGCCGUAUGGGAUGCAUAUGUUGCCGAGCUACAGGAGGAGAAACUGCGAGCCUUGGGUGUCUCAUUCGGCGACCCUGAACCUCAACCCUCGAUCUCUCCCGCAUCGGCUGCGCAGACACCUUUCCCUGGCCUCGUGGCUUCGCCGCCAAUUCCCACUGCCUCGGCGGGAAGCAAUCCGCUUGGUUCAGUGCAUCCUUUCUCGCCGCACUUUGGCCGGCCGGCAGGAAUGACGAGCGGCGGCAUUGGAUCUUUGGCAUCGCCUGCUUCGCAGUUCAGCGUGCAGACUCCGUUCAUGGGUAUGGAACAGAGCAUGAUGCCGGGGUAUCCGUUCCAAUUCCAGCCUACGCCUCCUGUGCAGGGCUCCAUGACUCCCCAGGGCCUGAUGAAUCUUCGCCAAGCCAGUGGUUCGGGGGGUGGAUUCCACGGCUUCAACGAGAAAAAUGUGUGGGAUACCCGGUAUGGACAUGAUGGCCAAGACGAGGGACAGCCCUACCCCACUCCCCAGACUCCAGUCAAUGCUCCGGAUCACUUCCACGCGUCGAACAUUGAGAUUGCUCACCCAACGCCCCGUGGCCAUGGUCAUAACUUGAGUGAGACUCUGCAACGGGGACUCGCCGAAAUGAACCACUCCGAAUACCGCAUGGAUGACCAGAUGGAGCAUCACAUAGAUGAGGAGCACGGUGGUCACCACCAAGGCUUUAAUCCCAACAUCCUUAAGAACCACUGGGCGAUGCAUGAGCAAGAUCAACAUCACCAAAUUCAGAACAGUGGUCGCCAGCCCUCGCACUCUUUCUCCCAGCAGCCUCACGACUUUUACAACGCCCACUUUGGUCAAUCUAAUGCCCACGAGGGCUCGGAUCUGGAAACGAAUCCCAGUCUUACUGGAACCCCUCAUGCUCGUGGUGUCUUGCCCGACCAAGGGCCCUGGCACGAGUCAAAGGCCAGCCAUCACUCGAAGCUGUCUAUCUCGUCUCUCAACGUGGAAGCCAAACCGUUUGACCCAACUGCUUCAUUCACGUCCCAAUCUGCAGCAUUUAGUAACAGCGCGUUCCAGUUUGGAGGCAUGGAUGGAAUGGGCCAAUCCGGAUUCGGCUUUGCCCCUGCGCCAUCGUUCGCGCCGGUUAAUGUGAUGAACGGAACCGUGCAUCAUAACCCCGUGCCCGAGCCCGAGCCCGAGCCGAAGCCGAGCUCGUUCAAGUUCUCUGCUGCAUCUUUCAAUGUGGACGCGCCUGUGUUCAAUCCCUCCGCUAGUCUCAACUCGAACGCCAGCUCUGAACAGCCCUCCGGUAGCCGGACGAAGAUCUUCGGAGAUAUCGAUAUCGCUGAAAUUACCAAGCCUCCAAAGAAAUCCAAGGCCAUUCCCAUUGUCUGCCCAGAUGAAGCCGGAUCUGCCAGGGAGGAAGAGGAGCAGGAAACCAUGGAUGAUGCAAACGGUCGACCAGUCCCCACUGACCGUCACAAGCGCGCUCGUCGUGCCAUUGGCCAUGCCCAAGGCGAGGCUCGGUAUAGCAUCUCUACGCAGCCAUUGGGCGAGACUGGUAACGCUCAAGCAUCAGUCUCUCUCCACACUCUCGCCGAGGGCAAGGAGAAUGCUGCGCCCGAGGAGGAUAAGCAUGCGGAGCGUAGGGGUACUCCGAUGAGCGAGGCGACUACCUGGACCUUGUUUGACGUUAAGAACGAGGGUGAAGAUACCCGGUCUCGUGCUGGAUCGAAUGCUCGCCCUGAUCAAACCGAAGAAGUCAAGGACGAGCCUGUUCAGGAUAACGCCAAUGAACAGAAGCCCGUCAAGCAUGCUCUUCAGGAUUCUAAGAGCUCCAUUAAGAGCACUAUGUUGUCGCCCACGGCUCAGCCUUUCGAAUUCAAGCCUGUUGUUCCUUCAUUCGUUCCGACGAGUGUGCCCGCUUCCAACUUUGCACCGGAAAAGCCUGUUGAGCCGGAGCCUGUCAAUAUUGAGCAGAAGGAGCCGAAGCCUGUCGAGAAGAACCCUGCUCCAAGCGGUCUUAUGGCUUCUCGCUUUGCAACUGCCAGCCCACCCAAGCCUGUGCCAGCACCAGCUGAGAGGAAUACCCUCGAGCAAACACCUCAACAGAAGCUUGAUCUGUCGCGCUGGCAAGAAUCCGCCGAAGAGUCACCGGAUGACGAGGAGCUCAACGCCAUUAUGGAGCAACUCAAUGAAGACUCUGAUGUGGGCAUUGAGCGACAGCACACUCCCCUUCCUCCUCACUUUGUCUCCGAGUCCGCUCCCACCAAGGAGCACCGCUUUGGCUCGGCCGAAGGCCGAAGCGAGGCCCCCAGCCCCAGCCCUGGCGGUGGCCAAAAGACUUACAAGCUCAACAUUCCCAAGCUCGGUUCCGACAUUGAUGCCAUCAGCAAUGCUACUUUCUCGCCUCAGAAGAGCCUUAUCUCCCGUAUUCAGUCUCCUGUUCGCCAGCUUAUUACUGAGAAUGACCAUGUCAGUGAUUGGGAUGAUAUGAUCUCCUCGGGCGAGGACGAGAAGUUCUUCAACCGCAACCGCUUCUUCGACCGUCGUGUCAAUGACAUUGUUGGAUCCGCCAUCGAUGAGCGGUUAACUCCCAUGGAGCGCGCUUUGGCUGUUAUCCAGCAGUCUGUGGCUACGAUUGCUUCCGGGACUGCUAGUCGUCGCGUCCUCCGUAGCACAUCCGCCGAGAUGGAGGACAGCGAUGCGGAUGACGAGGAUGACGGCGAAGAGCAUGAGAGUUCCGUUCGCGAGCGUUCUCCGCACCACAUGCGCGAUCGCAAACUGGAGAUGUUGAAGAGUGUUGUAAUGGAGGCUCUGGUCAUGCAUGAUAUGCCGAACCGUGGCAUUCAGCACUCGAGCCACAGCGAAAUGGCCCAGCUCAAGGAAAGCAUUGCGGAGCUUCAGGCUCUGACGAUUAAGAAGUUGGCCCAGGAUCCUGUUGGUGAUAUGCAAGAGAUACUCGAGGAGUCACUUGCACGCCACAUGGCUCAGCAGACCCCGCGUUUGUCGGAAGCGGACGAGAUCGGUGCUGACAGCCUUAUGCUCCAGAUCGACGGUCUGAAGAGCAUGUUGCGUCUGGCUGAUGAGCGCUCUGAGACUGAGUACAGGCUGCGUCGGGAAGCGACCGACUCUGUCGGUGAGCUCCAGCAGCUGCUGAAGGUUGCCGAAGAGGAUGCUGCUCGUCAUAGCGCUGCUGCGGAAGAUGCGGAGGCCCGUCUUCUCCAGUUCAAGGAGGAGAAGAUUCCCCAUCUUGAGAAGAUGCAGUUCCGCUCCGAGUCUCUUGCUGAAGAGAGUGAGACUCUCAAGGUCACGAUUGCCGAGCUUUCGACUAAGAAUAUCGCGCUCGAGGGCACUUUGGAUGAAUACCGUGUUUCGGCUGAUAGCUUCCGUCGUCAAUUGGAGACUACCAAGAGCGAGAAUUUGUCCUUGCAUGAGACUGUUGAUGCCUUGCGCACUCGUAUUGAGGAUAGCAUGGCUGCCCGCCAGAACCUGACUGAGAAAUUUGACCGGUUGCAGACUGAUAUGGUUAGUGUCACUGCCGAUGUUGCGCGCGAGCAGGCGUCUUGGCGCCGCAAGGAUGAGGAGCAGACUGCCAAGUACAAUGAGCUGUUGGCCUCGUUUAACCGUGAGGUGAAGCUGCGUGAGAAGCUGGAGGAGGAAGUUGUUGUAUUCGAGAAACAGGAGAAGGAGGCUGCCAAGGUCAAGUUCCUCUUCGAUCAGUCGCAGCAGGAAAAUGCCAAGAUGGAGGAGACCAUUGCCGUUCUGCGGGCUGAGAACCACAAUCUUCAGUUGACUGCGGCUCGCUUCGAGCGCGAGUUCAACGAGGCUCGUGACAGUAGUCGCAUGGAGAUUCAGCGUACUCGCACUUCCAUGGAGGCAGACCUCGAGGCUUCUAACAGUCAGGUCAACAUUGUUCGCGCCGAGCUCGAGGCCCAGAUCCUUCGUCUUGAGACCCAGCUGGAUAAUGUCCGUCUUGACACUGAUACCUCCCGCGAACGCUAUGAGAUGCUCCUCGAGGAGGCAAAGGAGUCCCGACUGACUGCCCUUGCUACCGCGAAGGAGUCACGAGAGGUUGCCCUCGAAGAGCAGCGGAAGACUCACGAGCGGGUACUCAACGACCUUCGCGAGCGCCACGCUCGUGCCCUGCACAAUUCUUCCGAGGACCGUCAGCGCGGCGAGGCUCAUAUGAUUGACCGCUUGGCUCUGGCGGACGACCGGGCCAAGCACCUCGAGGAGCGUGUCCAGCAUCUCGAGGAGAAGCUGGAGAUUGCCCAGUCCGCUGCCCGUGCUGCUGCUGAAGCCGCUCAAACUGCCAAGGCAGCCCCCAGCACAAUCUCAGUUCCAGCUCCAGCAGCGCCCACCCACUCGACGUCGCCUUCCAUGUCAUUCAGCAAGGGAUCCCAGGAGCCGGAGAGGAUUUCCCCGCAGGCCCUGCGUGAAUCGAUCUUCGUCUUGCAGGAUCAGCUCCAGCAGCGUGAGACUCGCAUCGAGGAGCUCGAGCACGAAGUUGCAUCUAUUGACAAGGAUGCCCCGAACAAGGUCAAGGAAAGGGAUAGCGAAAUAAACUGGCUCCGUGAGCUGCUCGGUGUUCGCAUCGAUGAUCUGCAGGAUAUCAUCAAGACUGUUUCACAGCCUUCCUUCAACCAGCAUGCUGUCCGCGACGCUGCUAUUCGUCUGAAGGCUAAUCUGCAGAUGCAACAGCAAGAGCGGGAGCGUGCGCUGACAGGGUCGGGUCUACCAUCGCUCCAAUCUCUCACUGACCUCGCUGCUUCUCCCCGUUCACUUCCCCUAGCUGCAGCCGCCGCCUGGGGUAGCUGGCGUAAAGCCCGUGAGAGUGCCAACGGGGGCUCCACCCCCUCCGAGCAGACCCCGUCCAAGUCCAGCAACGCCGGCGCCUUUCUAUCCGGCCUCCUAACGCCUCCGAGCUCCCAUGCCCGCCAGAAUGCUCCUAACACUAGUGGUACCGGACGCGCUUACGCAGAGACCCGGCCAUUGAGAGGCUUCAACUCUACUCCUCGCCGUGGCUCAGUCCGCCAGGAAGUCCCCAUCGCCGAGCCACCCAAGACCCCUCCUCUCCUCCGCCGCUCGAGCUACGAUCACGACGCCGAGCCGGGGAACUAUGAGGAUGGCAACUUUGCCUCGGAUGACAUUGAGUCCACCGUUGACGGGAUGGUCUCGGCAUCCCCCAAAGACUCAGACGAGGGACCCUUUGGACCUUCGAUCUCUGCUGAAGCCAUCGCCGAGGAGUAA